CUAAUUAUUUAGCGUUAAAGGGACACGCAUUCUGUGGGGUGUGUAAUCGUAUUUAUAGUACGUUUUAUUAGUUUGCAUUCCAUCGUGGUAGUGUGGUGAUAUCAUAUGUAAGCGGGGCGCGUAACAUCCGAUUGCUCCUGAAAGGCUUUUCCUGCAGCCCCUGCAGUUUCACUUGUCACUGUCGGGUUCGAUGGGAAGGGGGCUCCUCUGUGUGCUUCUGCCUUGGGUGCCAGUUCCUCCGCAUCGGUGAGACAGCGCCCGGGUGCCCAGCUCGGUUUGGAAAGAACUGUCCGGUGAGCGCGCUGCGCUGAGAUUUAUAGCCGCACGGCUCGGACUGUGUUUGCUGCCUUAGUCAGCUGUGAGAGCUCCCCGCUGGGGCCACUCCUGUCUGAUGGAAAAGCAGCAGCUGGGAAGGUGCUGUUUCAGGCUCUUGCUGUUAAAAAAAAAUGAGAGCGAGAGGGGGAAGAAAACUCCACUAAGUCCAGAAGCUGGCAUUGGAGAGGGAGACCGCGGUCAUGUGGUUCCGGCCACCCUACCCUCUGUCACAGUGCGGAUGAGAGCUUUCUGCUCUUAUCCAAUCAUGCCUGGAAUGCCGCUUGCCACUUGGGUUAUUUCUGCUAUCUGCCGCCCUUGGUGCCGCAGUGCUCACGCUUUGGCAGAUGGAACGCUUUUCCUUGGAGUUCGUGUCUUUGGGGUUUGACUGCUGGCAGCGCCGGGCCUGUUGUUGCUGCUCGCCCUGUCCCUCCCUGGCCCUCUGGGCACCAUGGCCCAUCGGCUUCGGUUUCAUUUUGGCUCCUGCCGCAGCAACACAGCCCCCGAGUCGGAGAUCCUAGACCAGGAGGGAGAAGACGACUUUUUCAUGGCAUUCCACACGCUCCCGCGGCGGGGCGGCGCGGUUGCGCUGGCCCCGAGCGGAGCGCGGGACGCGGGCCUGCGGGGAGGCGUGGGCGCGCUCAAGCGCAGCACGUCCAUGUUCAUUCCGCAGCUGCUGGGCCCCGUGGACGCGCGGCCCACGCGGAGCUCGUCCGUGCAGAUCUCGCUGCAGCGCAAGGCGGCUGACGGCGCCCCCGACGACGGCGAUGCGGGCACGGAGCCGCUGGGGGAGCCCCCCGAGGCCAAGAGCCUCGACGACGGCAGCGGCGAUGGCUCCCCUCCCGGGGCGCCCGGAGCUCCGGGCCCGCAGCUCAAUGGCACGUGCGGCCGCCGCCGAGCGCCGGGCCCUGACGGCCGCGAGGAGGCCGAGCCGCCAGCCGUGCGCAUCCAACACCGCGCGUCCAGCGCCGAUGUGCGCCCGGUGAAGCUGACGCCCUCGGGGGCUGAGGGCCAGGCUGGCCCCGCGGCGGCAGCACCCGAGCCCAGGCGCUGGUCCCUGCAGCACGUUCCAGACGCUUCUGGAAGCUCCGGGAAGCGCUGUUUUGUCUUCCAGCUGCAGCAGCCGCCAGCCGGUGGCUGCGGGCCCGCACCGGGCGGCGACUUCAACUUUGGCUUCACCGGCACCAAGGGGGACAGGUUGGUGAGGUAUCCCCGAAUCCGGCUGGAGAGGAGCAGCUCGUACCCCACGCAGCCCCGGGCCGAGCGCGGGAGUCCUCCGGAGGAGCGCGGCCACCCAGACCCCGAGGCGCCGCUGCGGGGCCGCAGGGUGGCUCCCGAUGCCCACAGGACCGAUGCGGCGGCCGAGAGGUCGCCACAAGGCCAGGGCUGCACGUUUAAGAUCAGGCAGGAUCAAAACGCGGGGCAGCAGCACUUCAGAAUCCUCGUGACUCGGGGGCCCGAGGAAGCCCCCCAGAGUCCCGAGGAGGACGCCGCCGCGGCCGGCCCGGCUUCCACGGGAGCUGGCGCCCCGACACGGGACGACUUCCUGGGACAGGUGGACAUACCCCUUAGUCAUCUCCCGACAGAAGACCCAACCAUGGAGCGACCCUACACAUUUAAGGACUUUCUCCUCCGGCCAAGAAGUCAUAAAUCUCGGGUUAAGGGAUUUUUGCGAUUGAAAAUGGCCUAUAUGCCCAAAAACGGAGGCCAAGAUGAAGAGAACAGUGAGCAGCGGGAUGAGAUGGAGCCCGGGUGGGAAGUCGUUGACUCCAAUGACUCGGCUUCUCAGCACCAGGAGGAGCUGCCCCCGCCUCCGCUGCCCCCCGGGUGGGAAGAGAAGGUGGACAACCUGGGCCGCACGUACUACGUCAACCACAACAACCGGACCACCCAGUGGCACCGGCCCAGCCUCAUGGACGUGUCGUCCGAGUCCGACAGCAACAUCCGGCAGAUCAACCAGGAGGCCGCGCAUCGCCGCUUCCGCUCGCGCAGACACAUCAGCGAGGACCUGGAGCCGGAGCCCAGCGAGGGCGGGGAGGGCCCCGAGCCUUGGGAGACCAUUUCGGAGGAAGUGAACAUGAGUGGAGACUCACUCAGCCUGGCGCUGCCCCCGCCGCCAGCCUCGCCCGUGUCCCGGACGAGCCCCCAAGAGCUGUCCGAGGAGCUGAGCAGAAGGCUGCAGGUCACUCCCGACUCCAACGGCGAGCAGUUUGGGUCUUUGAUUCAGAGAGAGCCGUCCUCCAGGUUGAGGUCCUGCAGUGUCACCGAUGCGGUCGCGGAGCAGGCUCAUCUCCCGCCGCCCAGUGCCCCAGCUGGGAGAGCACGUUCAUCAACUGUCACUGGUGGUGAGGCGCCAACGCCAUCAGUGGCCUAUGUACACACCACGCCGGGCCUGCCCUCGGGCUGGGAAGAGAGGAAAGAUGCUAAGGGACGCACAUACUAUGUCAAUCAUAACAAUCGAACCACAACUUGGACUCGGCCUAUCGUGCAGCUCGCAGAAGACGGCGCGUCCGGAUCCGCCACAAACAGUAACAACCACCUAAUCGAGCCUCAGAUCCGCCGGCCUCGUAGCCUCAGCUCGCCAACAGUAACUUUAUCCGCCCCGCUGGAGGGCGCCAAGGACUCACCCGUACGUCGGGCUGUGAAAGAUACCCUUUCCAACCCACAGUCCCCACAGCCAUCACCUUACAACUCCCCCAAACCACAACACAAAGUCACACAGAGCUUCUUGCCGCCCGGCUGGGAGAUGAGGAUAGCGCCCAACGGCCGGCCCUUCUUCAUUGACCACAACACAAAGACCACGACGUGGGAAGAUCCACGCCUGAAAUUUCCAGUACACAUGCGGUCAAAGGCAUCCUUAAACCCCAAUGACCUUGGCCCUCUUCCUCCUGGCUGGGAAGAAAGGAUCCACUUGGACGGCCGGACGUUUUACAUUGACCACAGCAGCCAGGUGUUAUGUGGCGAGGACGAUGCCAGAGACGCAGUGCCCUCGUACGAUAGCAAAAUUACUCAGUGGGAAGACCCAAGACUGCAGAACCCAGCUAUUACUGGUCCGGCUGUUCCUUACUCCAGAGAAUUUAAGCAGAAAUAUGACUACUUUAGAAAGAAAUUAAAGAAACCUGCGGAUAUUCCAAAUAGGUUUGAAAUGAAACUUCACAGAAAUAACAUAUUUGAAGAAUCCUAUAGGAGAAUCAUGUCUGUGAAAAGACCAGAUGUCCUGAAAGCUAGGCUGUGGAUUGAGUUUGAAUCGGAGAAAGGUCUGGACUACGGGGGCGUGGCCAGAGAGUGGUUCUUCCUACUGUCCAAGGAGAUGUUCAACCCUUACUACGGCCUGUUCGAGUACUCGGCAACGGACAACUACACACUUCAGAUCAAUCCCAAUUCAGGCCUCUGUAAUGAAGAUCAUUUGUCCUAUUUCACUUUCAUUGGAAGAGUUGCUGGGCUGGCAGUAUUUCACGGGAAACUUCUAGAUGGUUUCUUCAUUCGACCGUUUUAUAAAAUGAUGCUGGGAAAGCAGAUAACUCUGAAUGACAUGGAAUCUGUGGAUAGUGAAUAUUACAACUCUUUGAAAUGGAUCUUAGAAAAUGACCCAACUGAACUGGACCUUAUGUUCUGCAUUGAUGAAGAGAACUUCGGGCAGACAUAUCAAGUGGAUCUGAAGCCCAACGGGUCAGAAAUAAUGGUAACAAAUGAAAACAAGAGAGAGUACAUCGACCUAGUCAUCCAGUGGAGGUUCGUGAACAGGGUCCAGAAGCAGAUGAACGCCUUCCUGGAGGGAUUCACGGAACUGCUCCCUAUUGAUUUGAUUAAAAUCUUUGAUGAAAAUGAACUGGAGUUGCUGAUGUGCGGCCUUGGCGACGUGGACGUGAACGACUGGCGACAACAUUCUAUCUACAAGAACGGCUACUGCCCGAACCACCCCGUGAUCCAGUGGUUCUGGAAGGCUGUGCUGCUGAUGGACGCCGAGAAGCGCAUCCGGUUACUGCAGUUUGUCACGGGGACGUCUCGAGUACCUAUGAAUGGAUUUGCCGAGCUUUAUGGUUCCAAUGGUCCUCAGCUGUUUACAAUAGAGCAAUGGGGAAGUCCUGAAAAACUGCCCAGAGCUCACACGUGCUUUAAUCGCCUUGACUUACCUCCGUAUGAAACCUUCGAAGAUUUACGAGAGAAGCUUCUCAUGGCUGUGGAAAAUGCCCAGGGAUUCGAGGGGGUGGAUUAAGUGCCCCCUGCCUCAGGGCGGUUGUUCUUCGAGCAAGUCCUGCUUGCACUUUUGCAUUUGCCUGACAGACUCUGCAGAGACGCUGGCAGAGAGCAGCGCGGCGAGGGGUCCUGGAGCGGAGCCCCUGCCCCCGACUUGCCCACGGCCGACAGGGAGACCCCGUCCCGGGUCGCGUUCCUGCAUUUCCCACCACCAAUUUCCAACUGGUUGAUGUGUAUACUGAUUACAUUUCAGGAGGACUUAUUCUAUUUAUGUUGUGCCUCUGUAGGCCAAGCCCUUAAUAAAUAUUUUCCAUACUUUAUAAUGACAGCGAAUGGAAUUAAUCACUCUACAGGUAUAGUAUUACAACUCAUGUUUACUUUUUAAAAUGAUUUAGACCGAUUUGCAGAUUUUAUUUCACAAUUAAAGAUAUCUCAUGUACUUGGAAAAGUGAGCAUAUUUUUUUUUUUGUAUUUGAAUUUCAUACCAGGUUUAAUGUCGGUGAUGUUUUUAUUUUUAAAGUACUUGGAAAGCCCCACCCCCUACCGGAUUAGCUAUGGAAGACUGACUUCUGUCCAAAAUCCUUCUGCAGACAAAUACUCUUAACAUUAGCCAUCAUGACAGUUUUUUCCAUGCUCAGAAUGAAAACUGGAUAUUACAUUUUUUUGUUCAAAAUUAGCGUAAUAGCUGCAGACUGAGAGAAUUGUAACAUAGCAUGACAAAAUUUGUGUUGACUUGAAGGAAUCACACCAUUAUUCCUUAGAAGUAACUACGUGUGCUGGAGCACGUUUGAGGCAGGGUUGGACUAUGACUUCUCGAAGAGAAGCUACUUAACCCUUCCCGAUGCUGUACAGCCCUCCUGUCAUAUUCUCCUCCUCGCUGUUGUAGUUGAGACGCUCGAAUGGAACUUGGCACCAAGUGACGGGAGAGCAGGCCUGUGCAGCCUCCCGCCUGUGCGCGUUUGCGAACGGUAGCUGAACACGCAACUUCUGUUCUAACUGCACCAGUUCUGAAGGCACUUUAUGUACCACAUGGAGGUCAUGCCUGGUUUUGUUUUGGGUUUGUUUUUUAAUCAUAACAUUGAAUGUGAUUUCUUCUCUCUGCACAUGCCUUUCCGGUGCAAUAUCUAUCGGUUGUGAAUCUGGCUGCUGGUGUCUAAACCCUGGCUGUAAAGCUGAGCCUAGAGGCCUGUCCUCGCCAAGCGUUUUGUGAUUUCUACUCCACUGCAAAGAUUACUAGACAAUCUAACCGGGUUUUGUUCCCGAUGACCUGUUGCAUGCUUCCAUACCGUGCUCUGCCCGCGCUGUGUCCGUCGCGUGCUAGAUUAAAAGGGCGGAGAGACCUGAUUUGACACCCAGACGUCUGGCUCUCCAGCUGACCCUGCUGGGGGUGGAGAGCUCUGCGGGAUUCGUGUUUGUGGCCACUCUCGAGUCCUCGCUGCAGAACUGUGUUUUGAGGGGACGCCUGAGGCAGGGCUAGGGGAUCUAGCAGACCCUUCUGUCCUUAACCUGUGUUGUCCUAAGCCCUGUGGCGGCCGUCCAGGGAAACUGGAUAGAUUGCUUGCCUGUUGUAGAUGAGACCAAAAGAACUGUGGUUUCAGGGCCUCCACUUAGGAUCUUCCGGGUGGCUUGUGGGAAGCCUCGAGUGUUUGUAGUUGAGCUGUUUAAAGGGGCUGCAGAGCCCUUGGCAUCUAAAAGGUGGAGUUCUACAGAGCUGAGGGUUGUUUCCUUCUCAUGUUGAUUUUUAAAAAUCCAGUAGUGAUCAGAAAACCUAGAUGUUGAGUAAUUAGGGAAAAAAAAACAAUAUUGCUCAUUAUUUUUACCUCUUGGUGGGAUUUUCUCCCUUCAGUUGAUAUAACAAGUAUCUUCUUCUCUUAGCCCCUCGGCUUGCUUUUUAUGAUUCAUGUCAAAGCCUGGGAGAGCAGUGUGCUGGGAUGGGUUUUAUAAGUGUGUAAUUAUAGGGAAGAAAUCCAACAAUCCUUGUGGAAGAACUGGGAUUCUUCUGUCAUUUCAUAAAUUCUUAAAUCAGAAUGUUCACUGAAUGCAAAUUAGGCAAAGUACUGAAAAUACACAAGAAAACCCAUUCUAAGAUCAUUUCUGUGCCAAGAACAGAUAAGAAUUAUUGAAAUAGACCCCCGUGAAUACUUGGAAGGCGGUAAUUGUGAAUGACAGUUCAGUUCAUCUCUCCCUUAUUAUCUGAUUUCAGUGACAGCUCGAAAGUGCUGGGUUUAGAGUUUGUUUGGGGGUUUUGGCUUCCUUGAAUCCAAAUAAGCUUCUCCAGUUCUCAGCAACUCUCCGUGUUCCACUCUUUGUCUAAAACGGUCACGUACCUUGCUUUCUCUGGAUCCUGACGACCACUGCCCACCACUUUCACGCUGUAGCCUCAGGCGGCGGCAGGGAAGAGGCGAGUGGGCUGAGCAGAGGCCUCUGCCCACCUGGCUCAGCAGGCCUGGGGGCAGAGGAUGGUGUUGCCGCCCCAGAUCUCUUGAACAGUGAUGCCUUCCUAGAAAUGACCAGGAUCCAGCUUCUCUAGUCCCCUGGAAAAGAGCCAUUGUGGGCCAUUUUGCCACAAGGUUAAGAAGUCAGUUCCAGAAUUUGCAUGUGGUUGAAAGGUUUUUAAACAUCGGCUAACCCAGUCACCUGUAAAAGUCCUGCGUGUUUCUAGUCCCCCCUCUUGUCGGCCUAACAGUGAGUUUGGGGAGUCCUGCUUGGUAGGGAUUGGCUCCAGGCAGGGUCUGCUCGUCUACCUGCCGCCUCUGCGACAGGGAGUGAUGAGGCGUGGGUCUCAGCACUCUUUUCCUUUCUCCUGAAACAUGUCCCUUUACUUAGCAAGGCGCUUUGGUAGCUCCCACCAGAUACUCCCUAAGGCUGGAUGACAAAUGCCUGACAUGGUUUGUUCCUCCCACAUAAGGAUGCAGGGACAGGUUCUGAGAAGAAUGGUUCGCAAAAUAUUUGAACCACUCUCUGCAUGUCACACUGUUCAAUGGACAGCAUGGACCGUUGCUGUGUGACCUUGCCAGGUCCAAACUGGCCCCCUUGAAAACCGAGCUUGUGUGCCGCAAACUACUAAUUGUCCUCACAGUUACUAAUUGUUUCUCACAUGACUCCGCUGUUUUUCUAAGUCUUGUAUCUUGCCUCUGAAAUGUCAGGAUCCAUAGAGCACGCCUGGGUUAACCAGUCCUCAAGCCCUUGCCCAGCGGUACGCUGGGCCUCCUCACCCUGACUCCGCAGCCCUGGCGGACCCCGGUGUCGUCUCCUGCCCUGCCGGCAGGGGGCGAAGCCGUGCAGGGGACCCUCCUCCGACCCCCAGGAGGUCCUGCACUACCUCUGUCUUAUUCAGACUUUGGGGUACACCCUGGUAAGUCAAACUGCCAAUUUUAGGUCCGAGAUGUGCUUUUUAAAAUAAACCGUAAUAAACUCCACUUUGUACUUUAGAUUUUAAAACUGGGAAGAAAAAUGUGAUAUACUUUGGACCACUUUUUUUUUUAAUUUAUCGAAGCCUUAACGAACAGUGUAUAUACAUCUGCGUUCACACCCCCCACCCCUGUCCCCAGAGUGUUUUCAGCACGUCAGGGACAAAGCUGUAGCGUUAGGAUGUGAGCUUGUAUGUGUUAUAGGAAAGGCGAGCUUUCUGUUGGUGCAGAAUCGUCCAAGAAAACCUCUCGUUUAGACCCCUCCCCUCCGUUAAAGGUGUUGCGUGCAUGUUUAGGACGCAUGUCUUUUCGGUGGUCGGCUUUGUGUUUGUACGAGUGGCGGUAGAGCCUCACGGCGUUGGUGACAGGCCUCUGUGUGCUGCCUUCUUGACGUGUAUCAGUGCAUCGUAAGCCUCGUGACCGUGACCCCGUGUCCACAGGCAGAAUCUGCGUUCCUACAGAAGCCACUUUGCCCCUCCCUCAGACUAAUUUCACCUGGACUGUCACGGUUUCCUUCAUGUUAACUUCGCAUUUAACUGUUGCUCCUUCACAACUAUGUAUGUAAUAUAUGUACGAACAUCUGCUGUGCAAAUCUAUCUGUAUAUAUUUGUAUAGCAUUUACACCUACCUUGAGGAAUCUGGUUUCGAAAGGGAGUGAGAGGUUAGUCCCUGCUACCGUUUUCUCCAAGCUGUGUCCUGAGAAUUCUGACCCUCAGAGAACCCAAGGGAGAUGAUGAUAGAAUAUGCUGUCAUCUCUUAAUUCAGCAUCUAUUAUCAAACAAAACAUGAAAAAAAAAAAAAACAGUGACUUUUAAGGUGAAAAGUUUCAAGCAUUCCAAAUGAAUUCUCAAUGUUUCGUAACUUUUUAUUAUAACCUCACCUCCUAAUACAAAGCCAAGUACUAUUUGAUACAGUGAUUAAAAACCAAACAACUUGGAAAUUUUUUAAAAGACAUCGUCUGGCUAAAUGCUCAUUUUCACAAUCAGAAUAGCUUUAAAAUAGUUGAAUUUGAUACACGUAGAAAAGGUUUUGUUGAAGAACAAAUUCCUUUUGCUUUUCGUUUUUCUUGAGAGACCUAAAGAGAAAUUGUGGAUUGUUUUCCUGACUUAACAAGAGUAUUGUGACAAAAUGAAGUCAUUGUAAAGACGUGAUGCGACUUGUCAAAUAUUUAAUAAAGGAUUGUGGAAGCCGGAACUUUUUCUACAUCAA